AUGGUAUAGCGAAACCGACACGGGGAAUCCUUAGAAAUUACUUCGUAUCGACGACUUUCUUAUUCAGUAGUAUGGUUGUGAGAUAGAAAUGCAAAGCUAUAAGGAGUUUUCGAAAAGCAUUUGAUUUUGACUCCAAAUUUCUUCUACUUUUUUCUUUAAUUUUGAGCAAAAUAUGUUUUUCUUGCGAGUAACAAGGAUUGUGAAACGGAGAAGCUAAAACCCGUACAAGUUUCGUUUUGUUUCAGAUAGUCUCUACAGACCGACUGGCAGCAAUGACCGACGAACGAACACCGCUAACAUCGGUUCCUGCUCCGCAUCUGUUGGACAUCGAUAAUACUCCAUCAUACGUUCAACAAAUAAAAGGACACGAGACGCUGCGGGAGCGGCAGGUGAAAACAUUUCAGUGCUGGAUCUGUUCCGCCAUUUUGGGAGCAUUUAUUAUUGGAAUAACUAUAAGCAUCAGUUAUAUUAUACUGCAGGACUUGAAAUCAGACUCUUCGAACAGUACAAAUGUUACUAUAACAGCAGACUUCCCAGACUUGCUCAAUCUCAUUAGUUUUCCUAUAGAUGAUGAGCCGGUUCCAAAUUGGGAUGCCCCGAAUGUUACCGAGCAGGAUGCGACUGAUGCGAUAUCCGAGGGCGAAAGAGCUCUGGGUGACAAAGAAUUGCUUGAAGAGGCCUUAACGGCACCUCCAGUCAACUCGCCGACAUAUCGGCACCAAAGAGCCGUGGGCACGACUGUUGCUGCUCGUCUAGCGGCGAAGAUUGGUUACGUCGAGAAUAAAGCUACAAAAGCUGUUGCGAGAAAAUUCAACGUCAAAAAACGCCACCGUCGGUGGAGUAUCGGCAAUGGACCGUUCAUUAAAGUACCUCAUCAGAAUAUUACACAAAAAUGUGACUUUAAUGCUAAAUUUCGUACUAUCAAUGGAACUUGUAACAACAAGAAGUUUCCCUUUCUCUAUGGGGUAACUAUGUUACCGUUCCGCCGUCAGCUAACCCCGGAUUACGCGGACGGAGUAUCUAGUCCACGUGCUACUGCUGACGGCAGAGAACUUGCUAGCGCCCGGCAGGUAUCAUUGCAGAUUCAUCGACCUUCUUAUCAUAGCGAUCCAAAUUUUACUGUUAUGCUUGCCGUUUGGGGCCAGUUUCUGGACCAUGAUAUCACCUCAACUGCACUAAAUCAGGGAGUCGGCGGUAAAGCAAUAGAAUGCUGUGAUCGAAGUCAACCACUUCAUCCAGAGUGUUAUCCUGUGCCGCUGGGUCCAGGUGAUCCAUACUAUCACGAAUAUAAUGUAACAUGUAUGAAUUUUGUCAGAUCAAUCCCUGCUCCGACUGGGCACUUCGGACCGCGCCAGCAGCUUAAUCAAGCAACGGCGUUCAUCGAUGGUUCUGUAGUAUAUGGUUCAGAUGAAGAGAAAACCAAACAAUUGCGUAGUGGAAUAGAUGGAAAAUUACGAAUGUUGACUACACCAGAUGGUCGAGAACUGUUGCCAGUUUCUACAGAUGUUAGAGACGGUUGCAAUGAGGAACAGAUGAAUGCCGCUGGGAAGUAUUGUUUCGAGUCAGGUGACCCACGGGCCAAUGAGAAUCUGCACCUAACCUCGAUGCAUCUAAUCUGGGCGAGGCAUCAUAACAGUUUGGCUACUGAAUUGAAGAAGGUUAAUCCAGAAUGGAAUGACGAGCGCUUGUUUCAAGAAGCUCGUCGGAUAUUAGCUGCCCAAAUGCAGCAUAUAACAUAUAACGAGUUUGUGCCCGUGAUAAUUGGUGAAGGAAUUAGCGAAAAGAUAGGAUUGCUGCCAGACCGGGAAAGCGAUCGCGAUACGUACAAUUCGACGGUUGAUCCAUCGAUAGCAAAUGUUUUUGCAGCGGCCGCAUUCCGGUUUGCCCAUACGCUUUUGCCAGGCCUAAUGAAAAAAACGAAUGAUCCGACGUCCUCAAUCGGUGGUGUAGAAUUGCACAAGAUGCUUUUCAAUCCUUACUCUUUGUACGGUCGGACAGGAUUGGAUGAUGCUAUUGGUGGGGCAAUGAGUACACCUUUGGGCAAAUACGAUCAGUACUUCACCACUGAACUGACCGAGCAUCUUUUCGAAAAACCACAAGAUUUGCUGCAUGAUAGGCCAUGUGGUUUGGAUCUGGUAUCGUUAAAUAUUCAACGAGGUCGAGACCAUGGGCUACCUUCUUACCCGCACUGGAGAAAACACUGUCGAUUGCCUCCAGUUAAUACAUGGUCUCAGCUGGCAGAAGCCGUCGAUUCAAAUUCAUUAAAGCUGAUGCAACAUAUAUACAAAGAUCCGGAAAACGUGGACAUGUAUUCUGGUGCUCUUAGUGAACCUCCUAUCAAGGGCGGUAUAGCUGGUCCGCUGUUAACGUGCCUGCUAGGCGAUCAGUUUGUACGUUUGAAACAAGGUGAUUCAUUUUGGUAUGAACGUAGAAGAGGACCGCAGCGAUUCACGAAUGAUCAACUAGAACAAAUCUACAAUACUCGUUUAUCAGGCAUUAUUUGUCGCAACUCAGAUGCAAUCGGUCAUUCGCCGGUCUAUCUUAUGCGGAAGACCAACAUUGAAAGCAACCCGGUGCUUAACUGUGCAGAGCUUGAUUCUUUCGUUUUUUCUGUGUUCAAGGACCGAAAAGGCGGUUCCUCUUCUGGACGCGUCAAGCUAGCGACGGAUAAAGUUGGAGUUGCAGUUUUUCAACGAAAUAUGACUUCAACAGUACAAGUUAAUGACACAACACUGGGUAACAUCACGGCAAUCCCAAUUGCGUCAACUACUACAGAGGUUACCGCAUCUGCAACUACGGAGCGUGCUCUCGAGAAUCGCUACUGAUAAGAUAUGCGAUGAUACGGUGAGUAUGUUCGAUGAGUGUCUUGGACAAACACUUACCUUGUAAAACUAGAAUUGCAAUAACCCGCCAUCGGGAUAGUUAUAAUAAAAGUUUGCUACAUGUAUUACAAACAAAUGAUGUUUACUUCCGUACGAUAAUGGGAUCAUUCCAAUUAUGGCUUUGAAUAGCCUAGCUUAAUGAGUGAUAAUACGAUUUAGUUGACAUGGGUUUCAAGUAUUAAAAGACUGUCGCUUUCAUUGGCCACUUUCAACUUGAGUUCGACAUCACGAGCUGCGUUCUUAUCGAGUAUGCGUUGUCUCAUUAGGAGUGUAAAAGCACUUAAGAUAGGGGCGGGUGCGACUAAAGAUUUCGUAGAAAUCAAACUUGAACGGAAUUUAGCUUGUAAUUGAAUCGAAUGCCGAAACCAUAGGAUAACGAGUGUGAGCUAUCUCCGAAUGUGUCGCAUGUUUGCAAAGUGAAGGUGUCGCCCUGCUAGGCACCUUCACUUGACAAACAUUGUAGGGGAAUUAUUGGUAAAUUAAAAUGGGGUGGUAAAAUGGACACCCGUUUAAAUUAC